AUGAUGUAUACAUUUUUGAUAAUGGCAAACAAAUUGCUAAUACGAUAUGCUAUUAAUUACAACUUGAAUAAUUUAAAUCAUAGUUUAUUAAAAGAUAUUUUCUAUGUAACGAACAGAAAGUACGCAUCAGUACUAUAUGUUUCUGGCAGAAACGCUAAUAAAUCUUUUGCGUUUCUUUCACCCUAUUUGGACUUUGAUGAACGUUUUGACGAUAUCGAUAAAUUGCAGAGAGAAUUAAAAUUACGUAAACUUAAUAUGGAUGCAAUAGAAAUGAAAAAAGCAUGGGAUUUUUAUAAAACUAUCGAAGCAAACAAUGUAGCUCUAGAAAUUAGAAAGAAGGAGGUUUCGUCAGAAAUAAUAUCAUUACAAGAAAAUAAAGAAAAAACUUCUGAAGAUGAGCAACGAUUAGCAAACUUAUUUUUGCAAGCUAAAAUAAUUAGGCAAGAUAUAAAAGCUGUUAAAAAAUUACAAUGGGAUCUAGAUGAAAGUAUUAUAGAAAAAUUGUUAAAAUUACCAAAUAAAUUACAUGAAAGAACACCCCCAGAAACAUCUGUAAUAUUACAAAACGUUGGAAAGUUAUGUAUUUUACCAGAAAAUAAUAGAAAAAGUCAUAUCGAAAUAGGAAAAUUGCUUAAUCUACUUGAAUAUAAAGAUCCAAUGACUUAUUAUUUAUUAAAUGAUGCAGCUUUAUUUGAAUAUGGAUUAUUAAAUUUAGCUGGAAAAAUACUUACUGAUAAUAAUUUAAUCAGGAUUACAGGAUCAGAUUUUUGUCGUAGUAUAUUAGUUGAAGGUUCCGGUUUAAAUCACGAGGAUCCUAUAGAGACUUUUACGUUAGAAAAUAAUAAUGAAUCCAAUAGAAAUUUAUUAAAUCACAUGCAUUUAGUUGGUGGGGCAAGUUUAGCAUCUAUGCUAGGGAUUCAUGCAAAACAGUUAAUAAUGCCACAAUAUUUUCCAAUAAAAUAUUAUUCAGUUGGUAGACAAUAUACACCGAUUCCUAAAGAAACCACAUUAUCUGGUUUAUUUACCGUUUCUCAAGCAUCAGCUAUACAUAUCUUCUUAAUGAUAAACGGUACAGAAUGUACAGGAUGCACAACUGAAUUAGAAAAGAUGUUAGAAAUUAUUUGUGAAUUUUACAGUAAUAUUACGGAUCAUUAUAGAGUCGUUAUGCGAUCAGCACCAGAAUUACAAACAUGUGAACAAAUGAGAAUAUCUUUUGAAUUGUGGUCAUCUUUCUCUGAACAAUAUAUCGAAGUUGGUCAUAUUUCAAUAUAUGGCAAAUAUUUUAGUAAGAGAUUAUUAAUAGGAUACGAAACACCGGAAGGUAAAAAGUUUCCUUCGAUCAUAUCUGGUACAAUGCUCUCUGUACCUCGAAUAUUAGGAUGUUUGCUUGAAGAAAAUCCAGAUAAAUUUGUAAUACCUUCAAAGAUAGUUGAACAAAUGCCUAUUUAUCAUACAAUAGACACAGAAUUAAAUUAAAAAGAAAUUUCAAUAAUUAAGAUAUUAGUAUCUAGAAAGUAUCUAGAAAAUAUACAGAAUAUUUCAAUAUACAGAAAGUAUGAUAUUAUAAUGUAAUAAGAUGUAAAAGAAAAAUAAAAUUUAUUAAGGUAUUAACAUGACUGUUCAUUAUCGCCAUCCACUCGAAGCGUAUGUGAUUUUAGCGACAAAUGUGGACAAAAUAUGAACUACAAGCGUAAGUGGGGGAAUAUUAAUCCCACCACGCGUUUAUUGUAUCAGUGUUAAGUUUGUAGUAUGUUAAGUAUGUUAUACCCUUCUCACUUAUAACAAUCGAGUUAGAACAAGUAGUGUUAGUAGGCUGUGAACUCACACUUUUCACUCUCUUAUUUAUCUUUUUUUGAUUGUACGUUUGUCUUGCAGUGAUACGUGCUAAAUACGAAGUCGGUACAGAUUUGUUUCACGACAAAUGCAUAGAAAAUAAUAAAUAUAAUUGAUACACGUAUAUAAUAAUUAUAGAUAAUAAAUAUAUAAUGAAUUUGAUAAAAAUUAGAUUUUGUUAAAUGUUUUGUCAAAAAUAAUUAAUGAAU